AUGAAGCGUGAUAUUAAUUGUUCCCAUGUUCACUGUGGACUUACACCAUUGAAAUCAACUGGGACAGAGAAAAGAUCAGAAGAUCCAUCUAUCGCUAAUCACAAUGAAGAGUUUUGUAAAGAGUGCACUAAAGAAAGGCUAGUACAUAGUGACCUGCAGCACGAAAGUCCCAAAAAUGUCAGCAUCAAAAGUGAAGGGAAGACCAUACAUAACAAAGAAAACCACCGACUAUUGUGGAGGCAUAUGAAUACCAUUGAAAUGGACAUUGGAAAUGAGGACAGUGGAUAUUCUUCUCUGUUGGGCAAUCAGCCUGAAUCCAGUGAACAUGAUGUUAUAUUGGCAGGAAACAUUAAUGAUACACCAAAUCACAGUUUUAGUCAAAGAAAGAAUUUGCUUCCAGUCCUCCAUUUUGAGGAACUUGUCUGUUCAACUUUGAAGAAAACAUCAAAAAGGAAUCAAAAGACAUGGGCUCAUGUAUUAGACAAGAUAGCUUCCAGACAUAGCAUGGACUUUAUUAAUCUUAUUGGGAAAAAAGUGGGACUAGAUAAGCUGGACAUACUUAGUGAACUAUUCCAUGGGAAAUUCAGACAUCUAUUAGCAAACAUCUUAAGACAUCUCAGUUGCAUGGACUUGAUAAAUGUGGCAAAAGUGAGCACAACAUGGAAGAAAAUUCUACAGGAUGACAAGUGGGCUUUCCAGAUGUAUAAUAAAGCACUAGAAUUAACUUUGACUAACAACGCAAAAUCCUCUGAACAGGCCGAUACGAGGGAAUAUGCUCUACACCGAGAAGCUUUGGCUCCCAUUCAGAAAGUUGAAAUUGCAUCUAUCAGUUAUUCUAAAAAAGGAUCCAGAAUUAAGGCUAACAACCAGAGUAAACAGAACUCUUCCUCUUUCAGCCGACACACACUGUUUUCUGAGGUUGCAAAGACUCUGAAAAAUACCGAAAGCCUGAAAAUUUGCCAUCACUGUGGUUCCCCUGCAAAGUAUGAUUCACAUCUGCAAAGGGCAACAUGCAUCCGUGAAGGCUGUGGCUUUGACUUCUGUACUAAAUGCUUAUGCAGCUACCAUACUGCCAAGGACUGCACAAGUGCAAAGGCUGUGAAACCGUCCUCCAAACUAGGAGCCCUUCCUGGUACCAAAAGAAGUAAGCAGAAUUUACGGAGACUGUAAUCUGUUCCAAAGGUUAUGACUAGUGUAACUUAUAGCUUGUUUUUAGACCUAGAAAAAUGAAUGUCAACUUGGUCAAAGCCAUUUUUAAAAAACCCAAAUAUAUCGUUAAGGUUUGGGGAGUUAUUUUAUUAAAAAUGCUUUUCCGAGAUGUUUUAUCAGCCCUUCUAAGAAAGAUAGCUAAAUUUUUACCUAUGUGUUACCUGGGGAAGUAGGAGGUAAGCUUGUCAUUUUGGAAAGUAAACUGUUAGUGAAAUUUUAUUCGGUUGGAGAAGAGAGGGUAAACUAGGUUUGUUUAAACGUAUUCCCAACUCUUCCUUGCAAUUUUAAUGACUUUCUACAUUGAGAAGCCACAACAGAUAUGGAAUCUAUUUUGCCAUUUACACAAUUUGCAGUUUGUCUUUACAGUUCAAAAUACUUACUAAUAGAGCUUCAUCUGAUUGUUUUCAAAGCACAGAAUGGGAUUGGUCUUACAGCUAGUUUACCGCUUGCUUUUUUAAUUUACUUUUUAAACAAAAUCCUCCCUUGGCAUGUAUAUAUUUGUAAAUAUUUAAAUAUUUGUAUGUCUGUUUAUGCUGAAAAAUAAAUAAAUUUACAAAUUAUAUCA